AUGGAAGAAGUUGUCUACUUCAAUGAUGGUAAAACUGAGGUUAACAAGGUCUUAGAUGAGAAUCCAAGCUACAAUAAAGUAUAUAUGAAGAUUACAAGGAAAGAUAAUGUUACAGACAUAAUACUUUCUAGAGAAAAGGGAGAUAUCCUAUACAUCUUAAGCAGUGUGGAAAAAGAAAAAUACAGUGAUUAUUUCAAGAAUAAAACAGAAGAUGAGGCUACCACUAUAAAUAAUGAAAAGAAAAUGAAAGGAGGCCCAAUCCCUAAAAGAACAAAACAAUCGACACUAUUUGACUUCAUUAAAAAAUAG